AUGCUCUCUAGAUAAGAAUUAGUGUAUAUGGCUAAAAUUUGUGAAUAAGCAGAAAGAUAUGAUGAUAUGCUUAAUUAUAUAAGACAAGUAGCUUUUAUGGAAUAAGAACUAUCAACAGAAGAAAGAAACUUGCUUUCAAUAUCUUUUAAAAAUUGUAUAGGAAUGUUAAGAUCUGCUUGGCGAAUCUUAAAUAAUUAAUAUACUAUAUAAUUAUAAGAUGUAAAAAGAAUUUAAAUAAAAUUAAGUAACCUAAUGAUCACUUAAGCAAAAGUAGUAUAAUUUCAAAUUAUAAAUAAAAAAUAGAGAAUGAACUAAUUUCUUAUUGUGAAGAUUUAAUUAGUGUGAUAGAUUAUAAUUUAAUAAAGAAGUAAUAUAAUUAUGAGGAUAAGAUAAUGUUUUGUAAAAUGAAAAGUGAUACUAUAAGAUAUCUUUCAGAAAUAACAACAAAUGAUAAAAAAUAAUUUAUGUUUAAUAAAUAAUCAAAUAUUUAGUAGAAAAUUUAAGAUAUAUUUGAAGGGGGGAUCUCAAAAAUUGAUCCAAAAUGGUUAGGAUUAGCACUAAGUUAAGCAGUAUAUACAUAUGAAAUUUUGAAUGAUAAAGUUAGUGCUUGUAAAAUAGCUUAAAAAGUAAUGUUUUCAAGUAUUAGAGGCAUUUGAUGGGGCACUUUCAGAAUUAGAUCAAAUAUCAUAAGAUAAUUAUAAAGAUGUGACUAUAAUAAUUUAAUUAUUACGUGAUAAUCUUGUACUUUGGGAAUCUGAAUAGAUGAAUGAAGCAAAUAAUAAACAGAAAGAGUGA